GAGCAGACAUUUUUUGUAGAAGAGGAAAAACAGGUUCCAUUGUCCUUGUAGCCCAUAUAGCAAGAGAGUUUCUUCUUCAUACGUUUCUCGUCUCAGUGAGUCAGUGACCCAAACAACACAAAAGAAAAACACUCAAAGACCUCUCUUCUCUCUUCUCCUUUAUUUUCUCUCACUAGACUCUCCCGGACUCGGAUAAAACCCUCUUUCCCUCCACGGCAGCCACCCAAGCGCAUGUUCUUUCUCUCUCCUCUCUCUAAUCUCUCUCUCUCUCUCUCUCUCACACACAAGACCUAAUAAAAGGCUCUGUCCCGCUCGGCACUUCAAUUCCCAUCGGAAGCGCCUCCACACACACUCUUUCCUUCUGCUAAACUGUUCAGCUUCUCCGUCUCCCAUUCGAAUUCCUUCAAACGACUACUCAGCAUUGGAACACACUCGGCGGUUGAUCCAACGGUUAGGGUUUCUCAACUUGGAUCCUUCGGUGGGGAUUGCCAGCGCAGAAACUUUCUGGUGUCGUCCUUCCCAUCAUUCCUUAAGAGGCAAGGGUUAGUCAAGUCUCUUCGUUCGUCUCUGUUUCUGCCCCUUACCGUUUUGUCUGGUUUUUGUUUCAAUUUCUGCCUUUCUGUGCUCUGCUAACCCUAGUUUUAGGCACUUCUGUUCGAGGGUUUCCUCGUUUUUGGAUGGUUUUGGGUCCGUGAUAAUCGUAUCGCUGCCUAGGGUUUUUAUAUUUAUAGGGUUGGGUGUUUCUCUUCGUUUGCUGUAAUGGAUUUGAAUUCUUAUUCGAGAAGCAUUGUAGUUCCUUCAUUGUCUGCGAAGGGCUAGGUUGCUUUGGGCGUAUUAAUUUGAGUCGUUAAUGCGAUGAGGGUCUUCUGAGUGUGUUUCGGCCGACUGCAAUUCCAUCUCUUAUUGAAGAUGGAGGCGUAGAGAAGCCCUUAUUGUUGCACCUUUUUCGUCUUCUUUCUUGUAUUGUGUCUCUCGUUGUUGCCAUUGUCUCCGACCUUCCUUUGGCUGCAUGGUAGUGUAGAAGUUCGCAUCUUUUCUAUUUGGUCUUGCUGAAUCAACGGUGUACAGAGAGCAGAAAGGAACCCUACUUGUGGUUUUGAGGGAAUAGGUCGUUUGUUCCACUGGAGGUUAGAGUUUUUCCGUCUUGUACAGGAGCCGCUGGAUUCUUUUGAAAUCUCCGUGACUGCAUUCGAUAGGAUUAAAGGUUUGCGAACUCUGUUCAAACUGGUCGACUGAAGUAGUGUGUGGUUUCAUUUCUGGUCCAUGUGAAGGAGGCGCAAUUGCUGAUAAACUAAAACUAAGGAUGGGCUGGAUUAGUUCUGUACAGAUAAACAACAUUACUAGUAAAAGUUGAACUGAGUUAAGUGGAUUGACCGCAAAGGAUAAGCACAUUGGCACAUUUAUUUUUAUUGUCUCUUAUCAUGUUCAAUACCCGUAAUGGCAAAAAGUGAACCCACAUUAGUUCCAGAAUGGUUGAAGGGCACCGGAGGCAUAACUGGUGCUGGCAGUACAACCCACCAUUUUGCAUCAUCGUCAUUGCAAUCUGAUGAUAAUGCUGUUGCACUUCCCACAAGAAACAGAUCAUCUUUGAGCAUUGGAGAUUAUGAUACCCCUCGAUCUUCUGCCUUUUCAGAUAGGACCUCUUCAGCCUACUCCAGAAGGAGUUCGAGCAGCAAUGGCUCCAUUGUUCAUGACAAGGAGAUUCCUAGCUACACACGGUCUUACAGUGCUUUUGCUAGGAGCCACCGUGAUAGGGACUGGGAAAAGGACAUCCUUGAUUUCCGUGAUAAAGAGAGGUCUGUCCCAGGGGAUCACAGGGACCUUGAUUUUUCUGAUCCUUUGGUGAGUAUUCUGACUAGUAGGAUUGAAAAGGACACUUUAAGGCGCUCACAAUCAAUGGUAUCAGGUAAACGGGGUGAGGUCUGGCCCAGAAAAGUAGCAGCUGACUUGAACAAUGGUAACAUUAAUCAAAACACCAGCAAUGGUUUGCUUGUUGGUGGCAGCAUUGUUAGCAGCAUCCAAAAGGCUGCAUUUGAAAGGGACUUCCCCUCGCUUGGAGCAGAAGAAAAGCCAGGAACUCCGGAUAUAGGAAGAGUAUCAUCACCUGGUUUGAGCUCAGCAGUCCAAAGCUUGCCAAUGGGUAGUUCGGCUUUGAUUGGGGGUGAUGGCUGGACUUCAGCUUUGGCAGAAGUGCCCAUGAUAAUUGGAAACAAUGGCACAGGAAUCUCAUCUGUUCAACAAGCCACUCUAGGUAGUUCAGCCUCUGGGGCAACCAACUCGUCUACUGGUCUCAAUAUGGCUGAGACAUUGGCACAGGCCCCUUCAAGGGCUCGCAUUUCUCCCCAGUUAUCUGUUGAGACUCAGAGGCUUGAGGAAUUGGCCAUCAAACAGUCGAGGCAGUUAAUACCAAUGACACCUUCGAUGCCUAAAACUUCAGUUCUCAAUUCUUUAGAGAAAGCAAAGCCCAAGAUAUCUGUCAGAACUGGAGAGAUGAAUGCUACUAAGACCAUUCAACAGCAGCAACUCUCAUCUCUACGUGGUGCACCUAUGAGAUCUGAUGUUUCAAAGACAUCUCAUGGUGGGAAACUUCUUGUCUUGAAAGCUCCACGGGAGAAAAAUGGUAUCUCACCUAUUGCAAAGGAUGGUCAGAGUCCAACAAAUGUCAGCAAAGUAGCGAAUAACCCGCUCGCCCUUGCUCCAUCGGCUGCAUUCACUCCUCUGAAGAGCCCAAACAAUUCGAAACUUUCCAAUGAGCGCAAGUCAGCUGCUGCUUCUCUUAUGCAUGGAUCUUCUGUGGAGAAGAGGCCCACAACAUCUCAAGUCCAGAGUAGAAAUGAUUUCUUCAAUCUUAUGAGGAAGAAAACUUCAGGAAACCUUUCUUCAGCUGCCCCAGAUCCAAGCCCUGUUGUUUCAUCUUCUCUGUUAGAUAAGUCAACUGAACAGACAGCACUCCCUGCUGCUCCAGUUAGCCCUCAGAGUAGUGAUGCCCCUUCACCAGAUCCCUCUUGCCUAGACUGGUCGACUGAAAAUGGGUCUGAAACCAUUAGUAAUGGCAAUGCCUCUGAGGAGUCCCAAAGAUUUUUGAACAAUGGAGAGAAACAUUCAAGCCCUGAUGCAUUUGUGUAUCCAGAUGAGGAAGAGGCUGCAUUCCUUCGUUCACUUGGAUGGGAUGAAAAUGCUGGAGAGGAGGAAGGCCUUACAGAGGAGGAGAUCAGUGCUUUCUACAAAGAGUAUAUGAAACUGAGGCCAUCCUCAAAAUUAUGCCGAGGCAGUCAGCAGCAAGUGAAACUUCCUAUGCCACUUGAGUCACGUGUUGGCAGUUUUGGUGGUGCUUCUUCUGGAUUGAGCUCGUCUGACUCUGAAUCUGAAGCCUGAGAUACCAGUCUUUUUACAUACUGGAUGAAGAAAUUUUAGUUUGAUGCCAGAGGGUACUUUUUAUUUUUAUUUUUUUCCAUUACUGUUUUUGAUUGAUAUUGAGAUGGGAAGCCGUGAAGCUGAAUGGAUGUCAAAGAAAGGAGAGAGAGAUAUGGGUGGGAUAUCUCUAUCCUUGCCUUUUGCUGAAAGCGAGUGUAAUAAGUUACAGGUGCUCCAGUCCUCAGGAAAGACUUCUGAUGUGCUGUGCCUGCCAAAACUUGAAGGUGCUAUCAGGUUUCCGUGGGUGGAUAAGAGGAUAGGAUAGGGCUUAUUUUGGUCUGCAAUGUAAGAAGGGAGGGAAUUGCACAGUUUGGGAGAUCUUUUUUCUUUUUCUUUUUCCUUUUUUUUGAGAGGGUCCCAAUUCAAGGAAAAAAAAGGUUAAAAUGUUUUGGUCAUUGAUGAAAAGAAGCAAAAAGAAGUCUCUUUUUUUGGUUAAUGUUGGCUUCUUGGAAACAUAUAAUCUCUGACAUGUAACAAUGCAUAGGAAAAAUGUCUUUUAUAUCGAGAUAUCAAAAACAAAUAAUAGAAC